GAGUAUUUAGAGAGAGUGGAAAACAGGGCAGGUUGAUAGCAAUGUCGGGGUUUGACAACUUCAAUACGGAUUUCUACCAGUCCAGUUACAGCGUAGACGAUCAAAACCAAGGCGGAUACGCCUACAGUAAUUCAGAAGAUCCUUAUAACAAACCAUAUGGGCAGUAUGACUAUUCCCAGCCCAUGGGCUAUGCUAACCCUGGGCUAAUGCAGCCUCCUCAGGCCUACACAGGCCAGAUCUACCAGCCCACGCCCGCCUUCACCCCGGCCUCCUCCCAGUCCAUGUACAGCAGCGGCUUUGAGGACGAGCCCCCACUACUGGAGGAGUUGGGCAUUAACUUUGACCACAUCUGGCAGAAGACUCUGACGGUGCUGCACCCUCUGAAGGCAGCAGAUGGCAGUAUAAUGAACGAGACAGACCUGGCAGGGCCCAUGGUUUUCUGCCUGGCCUUCGGGGCCACGCUGCUGCUGGCUGGGAAAAUUCAGUUUGGGUACGUGUACGGGAUCAGCGCCAUCGGCUGCCUGGGCAUGUACUGCCUUCUCAACCUCAUGAGCAUGACUGGCGUCUCCUUCGGCUGCGUGGCCAGCGUGCUGGGCUACUGUCUACUUCCCAUGAUCCUCCUCUCCGGCUUCGGAGUGCUCUUCUCCUUACAAGGUGUAAUGGGUAUACUCAUCACGGGGGCCAUCAUUGGCUGGUGCAGUUUCUCAGCCUCUAAAAUCUUUAUCUCGGCGUUGGCCAUGGACGGGCAGCAGCUGCUCGUGGCGUACCCCUGCGCCCUUCUCUACGGUGUCUUCGCCCUCAUCUCAGUCUUCUGAAAACCACAAAACCGCCGGCACAAGAGGAAGGAAAUUAGGACACGACUCGUCAACACUCGUACACACACACACACACACACGC